AUGAGGUUCUUCAUGGACGACAUGGAGUUCAUCUUUCCUUACGACAAGAUGUACCCUGGUCCGUCACCCCUCCUCUGUGCCGUAGCAGGCGAGGGAUCCUCUCCUGAGCUGUUCAACUGAUCGCCCGUUCACUCCGUGCGUCUACACCCCGCAUGCAUCACUCCCUCGACUCGUACCAACUUAGAGCAAUACGCCUACGUACAUGAUCUGAAACGCUCGCUCGACGCCGAAGGGCAUUGUGUGCUCGAGAUGCCCUCGGGAACGGGCAAGACCGUCUCGCUGCUCAGUCUGAUUAUCGCGUACCAAUACGUCAGUCGGUAGUCAUGGGCUUGUUCGGCCCCACAACCACCACCUCAACCCAUUCCCCUUGAACUCUUCCGCCCUUUUACAGCACGAACGCAAGAUGGGUCGCCCCGAACGCAAGCUGAUCUACUGCUCGCGAACGGUGCCCGAGAUCGAGAAGGCUUUGGCCGAGUUGAAGAGGCUGAUGAAGUACAGGUUCGUCCUCAGAAACUGUCUUUGUCCCAACUAUGAUGUUCUCUCAACAAUUCUGAAUGCGACUUUCCUCUCGUUCACAGGAAAGAAGCGUACGGGAUCGAUGACGUCGACUUCCUCGGCAUCGGUCUGUCCUCGCGCAAGAACCUGUGCAUUCAUCCCUCGGUCAAAUCGGAGAAGAAGGGAAAGGCCGUCGAUGCGAGGUGUCGUGACAUGACCAAUGGGGCUGCCAAGGCAAGGUGGGAAAAGGACCCCGAGAGCGUCGAGUUGUGCGAUUUCCACGAGGUUCGUUCUCCCUUCGCUUGCAGGAAGUGACAGCGAUGAGGUCAGCCAUUGAUCACGGAUCUUUGUGGCUACGACAGAAACUGGGCGAAAUGGACCAGGAUCGGUUGCUACCUUUUGGGGUGCACACGUUGGACGAUGUCAAGGCGUAUGGGAUCAAGUAUGGCAUCUGUCCUUACUUUGCGAUCAGACGAAUGGUCAGUCGAGCUCUCUAGAGUUUCGUCUCCCUUUGUUGCUUGUCUGAUCAAUCUACCUUUCGCUUAGUUUGUCCACGCGAGCGUCAUAAUCUACUCUUUCCACUACUUGUUGGACCCCAAAGUAGCCGAGCAGGUUUCCAAAGAGAUGAGCAAAGAUUCGAUUGUCGUCUUUGACGAGGCACACAACAUCGGUCAGUCGGAUCGCUUUACCGGUGGACAGUUCGUGCGUCAAUGUUGAGUUCACCUUGGGCUUUCCUUUCCAGACAACGUCUGCAUCGAAUCCCUUUCCAUCGAUCUCACACGGCCGAUCUUGGACAACGCGGCGGAAUGUGUCGAGAGGCUGGACGAAAAAAUCAAAGAGUAAGUUUGGAUCACGGAAAGUUCACGCCCCGGACACUCUCUCAUAGAUCUAGAACUAUAUUGCAGGAUGAAAGAAACGGACAAGGAAAAAUUGGAAGAAGAAUAUGCGAAAUUGGUGGAAGGGUUGAGAGGGAAUUUGGGAGAGGAUGCGGAAGCGAACGGAGAAGCCGAUGACUUCAUGGCCAAUCCCAGUAGGCGCCUUCACUUCGCGCUCGCAUUGCGUUCUCGUAGGCUGAUACGGUCACUACCAGUCCUUCCGGCCGACAUCUUGCAGGAAGCGGUGCCAGGCAAUAUCCGUCGAGCGGAACACUUCACCGCCUUCCUUGCUCGUUUCGUGGAAUAUCUCAAAACCCGCAUGCGCGUACUGCACGUCGUCGCCGAAACACCGGUAUCCUUCCUUCAACAUCUCAAGGAUAUCACCUUCAUCGAGAAAAAGCCGCUCAAGUUUUGCGCCGAGCGGUUGUCUUCGCUCGUUCGAACACUCGAGCUGACUCGCAUCGACGAGUUCUCGCCUCUACAAAAAGUUGCAGCUUUCGCAACAUUGGUCGCCACCUACGACAAAGGAUUUCGGUUGAUCCUCGAACCCUUUGAGACCGAGAACGCGACCGUGCCGAACCCUGUCCUCCAUCUAGUCUGUCUGGACGCAUCAUUGGCGAUUGCCCCCGUCUUCGAACGAUUUUCGAGUGUGGUCAUUACAUCCGGAACCUUGUCGCCACUCGACAUGUACCCGAAGAUGCUUGGAUUCGAGGCUACCGUGCUCGAAUCGUACGUCAUGACUUUGUCACGAGACUGUUUCCUCCCCCUCGUUGUCACUCGAGGCGCCGAUCAAACCGAGAUCAGUUCGAGGUUCGAAGUGAGGAACGACCCCGCUGUCGUGAGAAACUUUGGAACGCUUUUGGUCGAGAUGGCCAAGGCUGUACCGGAUGGUGUCGUGGCAUUCUUUCCGAGUUAUCUCUACAUGGAGAGUAUCGUCAGUGCUUGGAUGGAGAUGGUGAGUUGUCUGCAUGCGGCGUUCAGCCUCAGCCCUCACUGUGAGGGCUAAUGAGUCCUACCAAUUCACCCGCAGGGCGUCCUCAACGAAGUGCUCAAACACAAGCUCAUCUUCAUCGAGACACCUGAUGCACCCGAAACAUCCGCUGCGUUGGACAACUUCCGACGGGCGUGUGACAAUGGACGUGGGGCGGUGCUGCUCUCUGUCGCUCGAGGCAAAGUCUCGGAAGGGAUCGAUUUCGACCACAACUACGGCCGUGCUGUCAUCAUGUUUGGGAUCCCAUAUCAGGUAUGUCACAAGCCCUUGUCAGACGUGUUCACUUCAUCAUCAACGAAGUAGGAUCUAAUGAACGUUACCAUUUUGUAUGAACAGUACACCGAGUCGCGUAUCCUCAAAGCCCGCCUCGAGUACCUCCGUGACGCGUAUCGGAUCCGUGAGAAUGACUUUUUGACAUUCGAUGCAAUGCGUCACGCGGCUCAAUGCGUCGGACGUGUCUUGCGCGGUAAAUCGGACUACGGAUUGAUGGUCUUUGCUGACAAGGUGAGUCGAGCAAAUUAAGUUUUCUAUCAAGGGAUGGCUUGCUGAUCGCGGUCCUUGACCUCAGCGAUUUGCCAAGCUUGACAAGGUUCGUCAUUUCAUCGAGACCUCAUAGCCUAGUCGUUUCAUGAUUGCUGACUCGUCAAGUCUUUUGAGCCCUCACAGCGAGCCAAGUUGCCCAAGUGGAUUGGACAGUACAUCAAAGACAGUGACACGAACCUCUCGACCGAUUUGGCGAUCGCGCAUUCGAAGAAAUUCCUGCGAGCGAUGGCGCAACCAUUCGUCGAAUCGAGUAAAUCGGCUUGGGGAAUUGAUCAAGUGAGCAACAAACUUGAACGCGUUCCAACUUUCCGACUUUCCGCCCCUGGGCAACUCGUUUAAUUGAAUCUUUGGCCCAUUCUAGAUCAUGGAGAAACAAGCGGGUUUGGAUCCGAAUCGAGAUCCUGACAAUGACGAGCCCGAGGAGGAGGACGAUGAAGCGGAUGACUACGGCGAUAUGAUCGAUGAUGAAGCUCUGAUGGAGUUGGACGUCUGA